AAAAGCUUCCUCGUUGCACUCCGGCCGACAGUUUUCGUAAUAACAUACUUCGAAAUGGUAUUAACGCUGCGUGUGGUCCCAGGAAUACUGCUACUAACCCUAGCAGUCGUAUCGUGCGUAGAUCUUAGAACCUUGGACUGGUGGGAAAAGGCGGGAUUCUAUCAAAUCUAUCCGCGUUCGUUCAAGGAUAGCGACGGCGAUGGGAUCGGUGACCUGAACGGGAUAACUUCUAAGUUGUCCUAUCUGAAGGAGAUUGGCGUUCGGGCGUUCUGGAUGUCCCCGAUUAACACGUCACCGAUGGUUGAUUUCGGUUACGACAUCUCGGACUACCGUGAAAUUCAACCGGAGUACGGAACAAUGGCGGAUUUCGAGAAUCUGGUGAAGGAAGCGAAACGAGUGGGGUUGAAGGUGAUUAUGGACUUUGUACCGAAUCACUCCAGUGAUAAGCACGAGUGGUUCGUUAAAUCGGAGGAUCGUGUUUCGGGCUAUGAAGAUUACUAUGUGUGGCAUGAUGGAGUGGAGAAUCCUCAGGGUGGACGAAAGUUGCCUCCGUCGAAUUGGUUGCAGGCGUUUAGGAAGAGCGCAUGGCAAUGGAGUGAGAAAAGGCAGCAAUACUAUCUGCAUCAGUUUACGGUUGAGCAGCCGGAUCUGAACUACCGAAAUCCAACGGUGGUACAGGAGAUGAAAGAUGUAUUGACUUUUUGGUUGGACAAAGGAGUGGAUGGGUUUAGGGUUGACGCUGUGCCGUUUUUGUACGAGGUCCUGCCAACAAAUGGCUCAUUUCCAGAUGAACCCCGCAGUGGAUUAACGAAUGAUCCGGACGAUUUCGACUUCUUGGAACACAUAUACACGCAGAACCAACCAGAGACUCUAGAUAUGGUGUAUCAAUGGAGAGAGUUGGUGGAUAAUUAUCAGAAGGAUCAUGGCGGUGAGACGAGGGUUCUUAUGACGGAAGGGUAUACAAGCCUGCAAGAGCUAAGAAAGUACUACGUCAGUGCCGGAGGUCGUUUGGGGUCACACAUGCCCUUCAAUUUUGGGAUGAUCAAUGAUUUGAAGAUUGACUCGAAGGCUGAGGACUUUGUGAAUGUGGUUCAGUCGUGGAUGGAUAUUGUUCCAGCGAGACAUGCAGCGAACUGGGUGAUGGGAAAUCAUGAUCGCCCGAGAGUUGGCACGCGAUUUGGUAAGGAGCGCAUCGACGCUAUGAAUAUGAUCAUUCUGAGUCUCCCGGGAGCUACGGUAACGUACCAGGGCGAAGAAAUCGGCAUGACCGAUGUGCAGAUUUCUUGGGAAGAAACAAAAGAUCCUGCGGCCUGUAACGCUGGAGAAAGUUUGUAUGCAGAGAAGUCAAGGGACCCGUGUCGAACGCCGUUCCAGUGGGAUGAUUCGACGUUGGCUGGGUUUACCAAUGGAAGUACAACGUGGCUGCCUGUGGGACCGGACUAUCGUUCAGUCAACGUUAAGAUUGAAAAUGGUUUGGAGAAGAGUCAUCUGAAAGUGUACAAAGCAAUGAUGCGGCUGCGGGAGAGUAAAACGUUUCAACAUGGAUCGGUCAAGGCCAGAGCAGUGAAAGAAAAUGUGUUUGCAAUCGUGCGAGAACUGCAAAACUACAAUACGUACAUUACGUUGGUGAACCUGGGCAGCUCGAUCGAGGUGAUCGACGGAAUUGCGCUAGCCAGUCAUUUGCCGUCCAAGUUGAGUUUCGAAGUAGUGGGUGUCAAUUCACAUCAUAUCCGUGGGGGAGCUGUUGCAACAAAUGACAUCCUGUUGCUUCCACACGAAUCAUUUGUACUGGUCGCAAGAGUGUCACCGGUAGAUCGUCUACAAGAAUCAAUUUGUGAAACGUGGCUGGAGCAGUAAUCGAGGGUUGGACUUCGGGCAAAUACAUUUUACACUAAUCGUCACAUUUAUAAUAUAAAUAAUUUAUUUUGGUAAAAUGUAGAUGAUUUAUGUACAAUCAUACUGGAUAGAUGCAUUGCUUGAGUUGACUUGUAUUGUCGUACGUUUAAAACACUGGUUCCAAGGGAUUUGUUCAACAGUAA